GAAAGGACCGCUGCCAGUGCAGCCGACCGUGCACUCCAGAGGUGCGCCUGCGCACUGACCCCGGUGGGCCCUAGCAACCAGAACAGUGACGGUAGCAACCGCCGGAAUGGCUAAAGCAACAACAAUCAAAGAAGCCCUGUCCAGAUGGGAAGAAAAGACUGGUCAGAGGCCAUCUGAGGCCAGAGAGAUAAAGCUGUAUGCCCAGAUCCCCCCAAUAGAGAAGAUGGAUGCGUCUCUGUCCACACUUGCUAACUGCGAGAAGCUUUCCCUGUCUACAAACUGCAUUGAAAAAAUUGCCAACCUGAACGGCUUAAAAAACUUAAGGAUUUUGUCCUUAGGAAGAAACAACAUAAAGAACCUCAAUGGACUGGAAGCAGUAGGAGACACCCUAGAAGAACUGUGGAUCUCCUACAAUUUUAUUGAGAAGUUGAAAGGAAUCCAUGUAAUGAAGAAACUGAAGAUCCUCUACAUGUCUAAUAACCUGGUAAAGGAUUGGGCUGAAUUUGUGAAGCUGGCAGAACUGCCAUGCCUGGAAGACCUGGUGUUCGUCGGCAAUCCCCUGGAGGAGAAGCACGCUGCUGAGGGCAACUGGAUCGAGGAGGCAACCAAGAGAGUACCGAAGCUGAAAAAGCUGGACGGUACUCCAGUAAUUAAAGAGGAUGAGGAAGAUGAAAGCUAAGGCCAUACUUUACACUUUGUGUUAAUUUAUUUAAAUGUUAUGAGAACAAUAGAUAAUGUUUUGUAUAAUUGUCUAUUUUAAAGAUUUUGUGAGGGUACAGUUCUUAAGAUAAAACACAUCUCUCACUUCCAUCCUU